AUGUACAAGAGAGAAAACACACCAAGCAUCGUCAUUCUCUUGUUGACUCUUUUGGUGUUGUGUUGGAUGGUCGUCACUUUGUGUCAAUCAGUGAACGCCGAAGACACCAAAUCAACAACAACAACAGUGAUUACGAAACAAAGUACCACAACCACUCAUCAUCGUCGUCGUCAUAGGAAAUUUAAAACCUCUCUCGUUCGUCUCUUUAAAAAGUAUGGAAUUAAUAUUAAAAACAAUCAUUCGGUCGUGAUGGUCUCUCAACAAGACGCUCAAGCCAUUCAUUCUCAUUUGAAUCGAGUUGAAAAACGUUUGAGAAGACUUUUGAAACAAAUGACAAGAAAAUAUAAGGAAAUUCGAGUGCGAGUCAAGACUUUACGUCGAUCAUUGAUUGAGAAGAAACGAACGUAUAAGCGAGCAAGAAUGAUUUAUAAAAAGUAUAUUGAAAAGAGUGAAAAAGUGAUUGAAAGAACAGAACAAGUGACAGAAUCAUCCUCUUCUGCUGCUGAACAGAAAACAUUACAAGAAGCUGAGACAAAACUCGCUCAAUUCAAGGAAUUAUUGAAGAAUGAAAGAUUGAACUUUAAGAGAAUGAAGGAAUCGUGGAAGAAGGCCAGAGAGUUGAGAAAGAAACAUAAUGCCAAGAUCAAGGCUCAAUUUGAUGUCAUUAAUCAGUUGAGAACUUUGAUUUCUAACACAGCUUCAGAUAAUUAA